UAUAAAUACCACAAGAAAUAUUCCAUGUUUCCUAUAAUUAUUUGUUGAAAACUGCUACUUAUUUAUGUUCCAAAUUAGUCCAUAAUUGUUGUCAUAACCAGAAUAUUUUAAAUAACUUACCAAACCAUGGACUAAUCAUGUACGGAAUAAUUCCCCCAGGCCACCGAGCAGUAGUCGACGACAAUCCACUCCUCAUCAUAAUCAUUGGAAACAGAAUAUCACCCUCUGCAUACUCUCCCAACUCUUCAGGAUUCAUACCAGCAGUUUCAUCCCAUUCAGCCACUUUUGAGCCAGUGUUAUUACUUGGCAUACCGUACAUCAUGUGCUCUAGAUGCUCAAGAUCGAUGUGAAUAUCUUCUGCAGUAUCAAGAGUAUUAUCAAAAGCAUCACGAAGCCAAUUAACAGGCCCAGCAAUUGCCCAACUAAUAAUACCACUCAUCAUCAGUAGUAAGAGAAUCAUAAUUGGAACUUGAAACGUUCUUCAGAAGUUUUAGGAACAAAUAGAAAGACUGAUAGCUAACAAAUAGUCAGGGACUUUUUAUAGUAUGGAACAGUAGUUCCCCCAGCAUAGCCAAAAAUCAAAAGAUUAGUUUGAUGACUUUAGACAACUUGUAAGGGGAAGUAAAGAAUAAUAUUGGGGCCAUGGUUGAUAACUUUUGGCAGGAAGUUGGAGAAUUUAUUAAGCAAAAGUGCGAAAUGAAUGGUGAAAAUACAUUCAAGGUAUCAUUAGUCACACAUACAUAUUCUUGACGUUGAUUGAAGCAUUAGCUAUUAUUUGAAUGCUAGUUUGUGUAGGCUGUUGUACGCCUUCAACAUGAAUUCUUUGACAUUAAAAAAUUAAAACCUUGAAAAAAUUGAAGAAAUCUUUUUCGCCAGCUCAUUACAAUUGUUGAUAGUAAAUUCUACUUAUUCUGAUAGUUCCACCUGAGUUAUACUUUUAUUUUUAUUACUGAAUUUAAUUUAAAAAAUCUAGUGUAAAAGAUAGUUUCAGUGAUUUUAUCAUCAAACUUGAAGAAUAAAUUUCCCAUUAUUUCAAUCAUUUUUUAUUUAUUCUUCCAUUUUCUUUAUUUAAAAGUAAGUAAAAACUUACAUGCAAAUAAAUGUAAAAAAGCCUAUCAUACUCAUGUAAGGAAUAAGAAAACAUACUCACAUAUGCACGACCUCAUUUGGCUUCUUUCAUUCUCCAUCGAUUUUCUUUUCAACCCGUUAGUAAGUUUGAAAACUUGAAUUCCAACAUCCAUUUAUUCAUCUCGAAUUAUAAUGAAAAAUCAUUUCUACAUUAUGACAAUUAUUUAUUGUUUUUUAUUCAUAAAGGAUCAUCUGGAAAAUAAAAAAAUAAUAUAUCAUAAAAUAAAGUAAAAUUGAAAAAUAUUUGAAUACUUACUUUUCGCGCUGUAUAGCGCCCUCUUGACAUCUAAAUCAAAAGCUGAGUUUAAAAAACUGUCAGUUGAACGCCGGACUUCAUGUAAGGAGGUUUUUGUUGCUCUCCAAAUUGUUUACUUAUACUCAGUUUGUUUAUUAACUGUAUUUACGUACGAAACCAUUAUUUAAAAGUUCUUUAGCAAUAAUGGAGGCUGCAGUCAUGGAUCUAGAGAAAAGCGUGAAUCGAACAAGUGGAAAACUUGCAUCGAUAGCUUGGAAAAUGGAGACUUUUGAAAAAGAAUUCCCAGAUCCUGAUAAUGAGCUGUCAGUUCUGAGAUUGAUAAAGUCAGUAGCUCAAGUAAAGGAAGAAUAUCAAACACUUAGACAAGAAAUUCAUGAAGUUCAACAGCUUCAAAAACAACUGACUGAUUCAUUGAAGGCCCAAGUCACACAGGUUCAGGGACAUUUUCAUUUACUCAGAGAUAAAAUUCUAGGUUACGACAAAACUCCUCAACUCAAGUGAGAAUCAAGAGUUUAAAUUAAUUUUUAAUCAAUUAUCAUUUAAUAACUUUUAUUUUUAUUCGAUUUUAAAACAAUGAAAUGAUACAAUAGAUCAAAUAUUAAUCGAAAGUUUACAUCAGUUGAACUCAAUUAUAUAUAGCUGAAGUUAUGUCUAUUGCACAAAUGAAUAACAGGAAAUCAAAAAGAAAAGUCAAAUAAAUAAUAAUUAAGAAAAAUAUCAAAAAUAUCCAUCGAUUGUAUCAUUCAUUGAUAGAUAAUAAUAUCUUAAAACCAAUCAUGUUCUUGCUCUGAUAAAAAUGAAUUUCUAUAAUUUUUAAAUUCGAUUUUAAAUUACUGUUUUUAAUUUGAUUUAUCAUGAAAUCUAAUGAACCGCGAAAUGAAGUUAACAUUGUAACUUUGAUUCAGUAAGAGAGAAAACUGAUAAAAUGACUAGAAUAUGCAUGUUAUUAUAAAAUUAAAAUUACUCUUUAGCACUUAGCCUAGUAAGAGAGAAAAAUGGUCUGGAACUCAUUCUCAUAUAAUUAAUUAUAAUAUUAUGGUUUUAAUUUUGGCCCACAAACUUCGGUCAUCACAUUCUUAAUAUUAUAUAGAUUUUGUCAUGUUCAAUUAGUAUAUGACAAAGUUAAUUUUAUAUAAAUUUACGUUUACUUUCAAGUAUUUUUUACGAGUAAAUUGUUCCAAAUAUUAUGAGAUUUACUAUUUUUUAUACUUUUUAAAUAUUUUGUAUAUAUUAAGUUAAAUAUCAUAAAACCAUAAAUUUCGCGUUUACAUCGAUUCGAGAAUUAAUUAAAAUGUGAUUAAAUUCUAAUAUCCCUUUUCUUCCAUGAACUCUAACAUUUAUAGUACAUUUACUAAUUGUUGACCAACAUACACAAGUAAUGUAUGAAACCUUACAAAGUAUACUGAAUAAACAAAGUAUAUUUAUCUGCACAAAAUACAGUCAUAUGAAAAUUUUAAUAACAUAGAAGAACUGAAUACUAUUGUAAUCUACUAGAGAAUUUUAUUCAGAAUAAUUAAAAAUGAUAUUAAACAUAGAAUUUUCUAUUUCUAUCUUUGUGUAGUACUAUAAAUAAUUGCUCAAUAUUUUCCAAACAAUGUUUUCUAAUAGUA